UCCUGGUUAACCAAAGGAUCAAAGAAUUUAAGUAGCUAAAGAAAAACUUUUAGGAAAGCUCUGAGUAAAAAGAAAGUAUUAAUAAUUUGCUUGAAUUAAUAUCUGGAUUAGAACCCGCGACUCUUUGGAUUAAAGAACUGUGUAAACACCAGAGGCCAUCAAAAUAAACAGUUAUUUACUCAAAAUCUCUCUCUCUCUCUCUCUCUCUCUCUGCCAUCUCCAUGGACUAGACACCGAAUUCCAAACCUGAAAUCAGAUCGAACCUGCGACCUCAUCCGAAGAAAUAAAAUAAAUAUCAGCAACAUGGAUAAAAUGGCUUCUCCAUACUUGCCUACUAUGCAAAAACCGGAGCGUGAAGCCCCUCGUUUCAGGGUUCCCAUAGAGACAAAGAAUUUAGACGAACCUGACGGCAUCCCUAAAGGUCUACCGUACUCCAAGUUCGAUGUAACCAUCACAGUAUUGACAAUAAUCUUCUUCUUUGUCGAUGUUGCCACCGACUUGGGACUCGCAUUCUCUUACCUGCAUCGAUCACAUUAUCUCUGGUUCGGCCUCACACUGGCCUUUGUCCUGGUGCCUUCCGUCUCAAACUCGAUCCUCAAUCUGUAUUUUUACUACCAGGACUAUAAACAGGAACAGGGGUUCGAAUCAAAGGACCCAAACUACGGAUCUCCUUCCGCCUUGUGGAUAUUUCGUAUCGUCUUCACCAUCCUCCAGAUGGGGCCCGUCGUCAGGAACUUUGAAUCUCUUCGAUAUGGCAUGAAGAGCAAGACGGCGCAGAGCAGGGCAGAGAGUGAAUACUACUACAGGUGGAUGCUGCGCGAGGAUACAGAUGCCUGCAUGCUGCGGUUGUUCGAGUGUUUUAUGGAGAGUGCACCACAGCUGACACUGCAAUUGUACAUCCUGGUGGUGGACCCUGCUGAUGCAUCAAAUCCACUGAGGAUCAUUACCCUCCUCUCUUCUUGGAUUGGAAUCUGUUGGUCGCUGGCCUCAUACUACAGAUCGUUACGAUUCUCACAAGAUAACAAAGAGAACUUGACCGUCUGUGGCACAGUGGCUUACUUUCUAUGGCGGCUGCUCGAGGUUGGACCCCGCAUCGUCAUCAUCUCCAUGUUCAUGACACAAUACUACUUCUGGGUCGCUGUGCCUCUCUCGUUGCAUUGGCUUUUUGUCUUUAUCUGGCUUCAAAUACAGCAAUUGAAAUUCUGUCAGAAUGCCAUGUGGCAGCCAUUUUUCAACAUGAUGUGUGCUUUUGUCUCAAUCUUCUGCUUCCUCAAUGUAAAAGAUGGGACGUCUCGCUAUCGUUGCAUUCUCUUCUAUGCCAUUUUCUACACAGAGAAUAUUGUGCUGUUUGCACUCUGGUUCCGCUUCACCGACCACAUGGGCACCUGGUAUCACCUGACUGCAUUCUUCUUUGUGCUGUGUGGUGCUGUGCUUCAGGCAAUCCUUUUUUGCUGCUACUACUGCUGCUGUCACCCGGAAAGUAAGUCCCUCAUUAUCUGUAAGGAGUACAACAGCCAUGAAAUGUUUACCUCACUCUGCUUCCCAAUUCCAGCAACACAGACCAACGAACAUGAAAAGAAGGUACCACCAAACAUGAUAGCCUACAACGAGAAGCAAGAAAGAAACCAAAAACUUGACCAAGGGCCUGGAUAUGCCCCUCACAAGCGGAGCAACAUCUCAAUGGUAACUGUAACACCACCCAUAUCAGAACAGUCUUUAGCAAUGGCUUGCAGUGGGCACAGCCUGGAUGGUGACGUAUCCAGUUACCCCUCGUUCUCAACUAGCGACACAAAACCUUGCUUAGAUUCAGUAUCAAACACUUCAAGGAAGACAGAGACAAACGUUUGAGCUGAGUUUAAGUUGAGCAGAAUUAAACUAAGUUGAGCUUAAUCUGAUUUCAGUUGAGUUGGGUAGAUCUGAAAUGAAUUGGGCUGAUUUGAGUUAAUUUCAGUUGAGCUGACAUCAGUUGUGGUGAACUCAGCUGAUCUGAACUGAAUUUCAUUACUUAGCUGAUCUGAGCGGAGAUGAAUUGAGCAUGGUUCAGUUGAUCUUAUGUUUAGCUUAAUUCUUUUUAACUCAGUUCAGCUUGGCUAUGCCUCAUUCAGCUCAACUCUACUUCACUGAGCUGAGCUUAGCUCUACUUAGUUCAAUUCAGUUUAGUUCUACUUAACUCAGCUCAACCUAACUCCACUUAGCUCAGUUAACUUGAGCUCUCUUCAGCUCAGUUCAGUUCAAUUUAUCUCAGCCAAACUCAACUAAAUUCAUCUUAAGUAGAAGCCAUAGGAAGCAGUUUCCUUUCUACAAAAAGAUUCUUGUGUCUGAGUUUGUGUAUGUAAAUAGUUGUAUCAAUGUAUUUACGCCUACCAAACCAACACACACACACACACACAUACACACACACACUUACUCAACAUUCGGAGUAGAAGAAGUAAAUGUAUCUAUUUAAUAUUUCAUUAAAAUGAUCCUCCUCCCCCACCUUCAAACCACUGCCACCUUUACAAAACUACAUUCAUUUCCUUCACUUUUCAGAGUGAGAGAAACAAAGCAAAUUCGUUAAGAGGAAUUGUUAGAAAUUUAUUAACAGGUACAAGAAUAAACAAAAAAACUUGCCAGAUAAGAAUUUUUUUUUUUUGCCCUAGAUUUUGGAAUAUUAACGACCUGUAAGGAUACCAUAUUUUAUUAUGUAACCAUAAUAUGCUACAGAGUGUAUUAAACAUUUUUAUAAGCCAACACUGUGUAUUACUGUGUUAGCAGUGCUAUUACAUCAUGUCAUAAGGUUAUCUCUACAAACUUUCUAUAGAAAUUGAAUCCAGUACUGAAUUUUGUUACGACAUUUCCUAUACAAGACAUCAGAUGCAAACAAACAAUGAGAUUGAAGAUGAAAGAAGAUGAAAAAUGAAAGAUCUCACUGUUUGCUUAUAUCUGAUGUCUCAGAUACGAAAUGUCAUAACAAAAUCAGUACUGGCUACAAUUUCUAUUGAAAACCUCUAGGGAUGACCUUAUCACAUGAUUUUGGAAUAUGUGAGUUGAUUCAAUGAUUUGUAUUCGACCAUAUGCAUUAAUCCUGAAGACAAAUGUUAUUUCUCGGAGAAGCAUUAUUUUGUAUUACGUUUUAUGUAGUCCUACAGUAACACGUGUCUGCUUCAGGUGUAAACUUCAGAGAAAUAUAUUCGGCCAUAAAGAUAUAUUAUUUUAAACACUACACACACACACACACACACACAUAUAUACAGAUAUAUAUAUAUAGUUUUAGGGAAAAGAACCAAGGUUCAUGAACUCAUCGAUGAAAAUCCACUAAAACUAUAUAUAUAUAUAUAUUUUAUACUGUGAAACUUAAUUUAAUUUUAAUAUUUAAUAAAUUGAAUUUAAUUGAGUUUUAACCUGUAAAUUUGGAUUUUUAUCCUUAAUAUUAUUAUUAUAUACAUACAUAUAUAUACAAAUAUAUAUGCAUGCAUACAUACAUACACACAGGCACACACACACACACACACACACACACAAACACACACACACACAUACAGAUCAAAAGAGUUUGAUUCAGAUUCCUUGAUACUUUAAAUUUCAAAGUGCUAUGUUUAUCCUCAGCCCUUGAGAUCUUCAAAUGGUUGAGGAUUACCAUCAAGCUUUGAAAAUCAGAGUACCAAAGAAUUUUAAUCAAGCUAUUUUGCUUCAUAAAUAGAACUCUCAAUAAAACAAAUUGAGUGUCCCCCUCUUUCAUUUGUCCACUCACUCAUAUAUGUAUGUGUAUAUGUGUGUGUGUGUAUUUAUAUAUAUAUAUAUAUAUAUAUAUAUAUAUAUAUACAAGAAUAAGGGCAGGGAAUCGUCAAUUAAUAAUUUUCCCAAGUAGUUCAGUAUGAAAAAACCUUUAUCGGUAAAACCAUUUAUCAUCAUAAAUAUACAGGGAUUAGCAUUGAGUUGCUUCUCCAACAUACUGAAAAUUUAGAAA